CGGGAAUGCGCAUGUGCUUGGCUGACUGCCCCGUUAUGUGUAAAGAAGAAAGGAAAGAGAAAUGAAAAGAAACAGUCAGCGGACCGUGUGUGAGGUUGUCGUACAGCUUGUUGUUUUUAACUUUUAACGCGUUGUGAUUUUUUUUGUAAUCGUAUGUGCGUUUUUUAUGAAUCGGAUCGCGAGUGAAGGACAAAAAUACGGAAAUUUUCGGCUUGAGUUAUGAGAAAAAAAGCUGCCCGGCGAUGUCAGGCUUCUCGGGCGUUAUCGGUGGCGGUACAACCACGACAGGCGGCAUACCUGUGGGCGGCGCUACCAACAUAGACCAUCCCCACCACUUCCAUCAUCCGCACACGCCGCUGGCCGGCGACGUACCCCCUCCAGCGCAAUGCGCGACGUAUACGUUCCCGGAAUUCGGAGCGGUGGGAGGCGUAGUUUCGCCUGCCGCCGCAGCGGGUGGGCGUGGCCAUCUGCGAUCAGCCUCUCACGGUGGAGGGGGCGCGGCGCCCACAAGGUCGGCGCUCAAGGGCGCCAGGGGGCAUCAAAGGGCGUUGUCGCAAGGGCAGAUCUCGGAGGUGGGCGGUGCGAUGACCUCAGGGGGCGGAGCCCCGGCUUCAGCGGGCGCUGCUGUGGGGGUAGGGGGAGUGAUCAGGCCCGGACACAGCCGAGUCGGCUCGAAGACGGAAUUCAUUCUGCCUCCUGGACAUAAAGAGGAAGAACCUAGAGAAAGUAGUAGAGGAGGAUCGUCGGGAAAGGGACAUUCCAGACAGGCGUCUAGAUCGGAGUCCAUCUACACGUUGAGACGUAGCGCGCCGCCGCCUUUGUGGAGGCGAGCGUUAUGCGCUCUUAUUAGGAGAUCACCGAAAAACGAACAAGAAGAACGAUAUAGAAUCGUAGUUCCUAAUCACAUUGUGCCGCCUAAGACGCCGAGGAAAGAACAUCCGAACGGCCGUCGCCCCGACAAUCGCAUCCGCACCACAAAGUACACUUUGUUGUCUUUCCUGCCUCGCAACCUGCUGGAGCAAUUCCACAGGGUUGCCAACCUAUACUUCAUCUUUAUCGUCUUGCUCAACUGGUUUCCGGCCAUAAACGCGUUCGGCAAGGAGAUCGCCAUGAUUCCUGUCAUGUUCGUCCUUGGAGUGACGGCUGUCAAGGAUCUCUUCGAAGACAGGCGGAGGCACGCGAGCGACAAGCGGAUCAACAACUCGACGUGUAGGAUAUACAAUAGAUGCCGCUUUGUGGUUCACCAGACCUUUCUCGAAGCAGCAAUGGGGACUAUAUAUAACUCGGCGGCCGGGAGAUGGAAGGAGAGUACAGAUUACACCAGAGCAGAGCGGAGUGGAGUAUAGUGCAGUCAAUGGCAACAUAAGUCAGACAUAAAUAGUGGUCUACAAUAAAUGUUCUAUCAAGUUAAAUAAAUUAGCGCCUUUCUUUUUGUGGAAUCCAGUGUUUUAAUCAACACCGAAAAGAACUCAGAAAAACGCUACAUUUUUGUUUGAAAUUUGUAGACAUUGUGGAUGUUUGAAAAGUUUUGUUUCGGACUAAAGUUAGGAAAAAAUAAAGACGACUUGGAGACAUCGAAAACGGUAUA